UUCGUUAAUUUAAUUUCUGGCAUUUCUUACAAGCAGAGGACAUUUAAAAACAAUGAUAAAAAAUCAUUAGUGCUGUAGUAUCUUUGCUAUUGUUACAUAUACCUACAAUAGCACAGUUCAAUUCAGAAAUGCUUAUUGGCAGUUGUUUCCCAGUGAAAUAUCCUUGUAUUUGUAGUUGUGCUUUAACUUCUGCUGAGAACGCUUUAUUAGACGGUAGUGAAUUAAUAAAUUUCGGAUUAUAAGUGAACCUUUCAAUUCAGUUAUUUGAAAGUAUAAUACCAAUGCAGUUCAAUGCAUUAGUGACAUUUGAACUUACAUAAAUUAUCAAAGAAAAGGAACUGAAAUUUAAUAUAAAAUACCGGACAUUAACUCAGGUAAUCCAAAAUGUCUUUGGACCUAAUGUAUGAAGAUAGAGCCCUACAACCUACCAGAUUAGCAGUAUCAAGAAAUCUUUUUGGAACUGGAAGAAACUUGAAUUGUGACAGAUAUAUACCUUGUCGUGCCAAUAAUAAUUGGGAGACAAACUUCGCAGUGAUACCUGAUAACAAUAAAGCUGCACCACCAUGUAAAAAAUCAAGAGAAAACGGUGAAAACGCCAGAGACCAUUCAGUGUAUAAUAUAUUAUUAAGAAAUGAAAUUCUUGGAGAACGUAUUCAUGAUAUAAAAACACAGUGUGAUGACAGAUUAGUAUUGAGCCCUACACGACCUAAAAAUCUAUUUCGAUAUGGUACUCCCAAAAGGAACGAAAACAAGUUACCCUGCAGCAGCCCGUAUUCCCUCUCGCCCCUCACCCCAUUCAGCCAGAAGUUGCUCAGGUCGCCUCAUAAGGCAACGCGGAAGAUAUCUAGGAUACCCUUCAAGGUUCUGGACGCGCCAGAGCUGCAGGACGACUUCUAUCUGAACCUGGUCGACUGGUCUGCUCAGAACGUCCUCAGCGUUGGCUUGGGCAGUAGCGUUUACUUGUGGUCCGCUUGCACCAGCCAAGUACGUACUGUAACGCGACUGUGCGAUUUAUCAGGUGACAGUAAUGCAGUGACUUCCGUGUCUUGGAGUGAGAGAGGGAACCUGGUGGCCGUAGGGACUCACCACGGUUACGUGACCAUAUGGGACGUGGUGGCCAACAAACAGAUCAACAAAUUGCAGGGGCACACGGCCAGGGUGGGCGCCCUGGCCUGGAACGGCGAUGUUCUCAGUUCGGGUAGCAGGGAUCGGUUGAUAUUGCAGAGGGAUAUAAGGACGAACCCUACCAUCCCAGAGAGAAAACUAGUUGGUCAUCGCCAGGAGGUGUGUGGAUUGAAGUGGUCGCCGGACAAUCAAUACCUAGCAUCUGGGGGCAAUGACAACAGAUUGCACGUUUGGAAUAUGCAGUCGCUAACGCCAGUACAGACUUACACUGAUCAUUUAGCAGCAGUUAAAGCUAUAGCCUGGUCUCCUCACCACCACGGCCUGUUGGCCAGUGGCGGUGGAACUGCUGAUAGGUGCAUCCGUUUUUGGAAUACGCUGACUGGACAGCCGAUGCAAUGUGUUGAUACUGGAUCACAGGUGUGCAAUUUGGCCUGGUCGAAACACAGUUCAGAGUUGGUGUCUACGCACGGUUACUCCCAGAACCAAAUACUAGUGUGGAAGUAUCCAAGUUUAGUGCAAGUGGCCAAAUUGACGGGACAUUCUUAUAGGGUUUUAUAUCUGGCUUUGUCGCCAGAUGGCGAAGCAAUAGUGACAGGGGCAGGAGAUGAGACAUUGCGAUUUUGGAAUGUGUUCAGUAAAGCGAGGUCUCAAAAAGAGACUCGUUCGGUUCUCAGUUUGUACUCUGGGAUACGUUAGGGUUAUAUCAAUUAGCAAUAUUUAGCAAAGCGAGAAAUAAUUUCAUUUACACAAUUAUUUAUUUUGAAGUCAAUUAUAUUAGAUUUAUUAGGGAAAAUUUCAUUACAUUGUAAGAUAGAGAAAUUAUUUUACAGGUAAUUCACAAUCAUCUACAUACAUAUAAAAUAUAUUUAUUAUUUUGAUAUAUUUUCAAUAAAUGAGAAUCUUAUACUGUUAA